UUACAGAACCUAACAAUAAAGCGAAUCUUUGAUACGAAGAAACUCUCUCCUAAAGUUAGCAAACGUGUUCUGUUUCUCAAAGAUAUUCAGGUCAAACACGAUGAACUCGAGGAGAAGUUUCUUGAAGAAAAAGCUGCAUUAGAAGCAAAAUACGACAAUCUCUACAAGCCGCUGUUUGAUAAGAGAUAUGAGAUUGUGAAUGGUGUGGCUGAAGCUGAGACAGAGAAAGGAGUACCUAACUUCUGGUUGAUUGCAAUGAAAACCAACGAAAUGCUAGCAAACGAGAUAACCGAAAGAGAUGAGGGAGCAUUGAAGUAUCUCAAAGACAUCAGAUGUUGUAGAGUAGAAAAUAAUUCAAGAAACUUCAAGCUAGAGUUUCUCUUUGAUCCUAAUCCUUACUUCAAGAACUCGGUUCUGUUUAAAACUUACCAUGUGACCGAUGAUGAUGAUGAUGGUCCUGUUCUUGAUAAAGUGAUUGGAACGGACAUAGAAUGGUGUCCAGGUAAGUGUUUGACUCAUAAGGUUGUUGUCAAGAAGAGGCCAAAGAAGGGGACAAAGAAAGUGAACAACAUCCCCAUGACUAAAACCGAAAACUGCGAGAGUUUCUUUAACUUCUUUAAGCCCCCUGAGAUUGAUGAAGUUGAUGAAUGUUAUACAACCAUGGUUGAAGAACUCCAAAACCUGACCGAUCAAGACUAUGACAUUGCUGUGACAAUCCGAGACAAGCUCAUCCCUCACGCAGUUUCAUGGUUUACUGGAGAGGCUCUUGUUGAUGAAGAUGAAUAUAAUGAUGAUGAUGAGAAUGAUGACUAACGAGAAGAGAAGAUACACCAAGAGUUUCAAGAAUCUCUCGUAAUAUGA